UGCAACACCGUUUUCGGUAGCAGCUGAUUGCCAAUAUUCUGUCUAGUUUACGUUUACAAGCAUUUCGUAUAAUUUUUCACAUUUUUCGCGCUGUUUGUUAAAACUAAUUUUAUAUGAGAAUUAAAUAUCGAAAAUAGUCGCUUUAUACAUAAAAACAUCAUGGACGAGUUACGGCGACUGGAAUACUUAUCGUUGGUUUCAAAAAUUUGCACCGAGCUGGAAAACCACUUGGGUCUAAACGAUAAGGAUUUGGCUGAAUUUAUAAUCGAUUUGGAGCAUAAAAAUCCAACUUUUGAUGCUUUUCGCAAGGCACUGCAUGAAAAUGGAGCUGAAUUUCCAGACUCAUUUGUUACGAAUCUUCAGAGAAUUAUUAAUUUAAUGAAACCGGGUCGUGACGCUGAAGAACCAGAAGGUGGUGGUAGCUUCAAAACUGCCAAAGCGGACCAAUUGACGCGCAUGUUUCCAGGUUUGGCAUUGCCAAAUGAUAAGUUUAGUAAAACGUAUAGUAGUGGUGGUGAAAGUGCCAACGAUAGUGCGUCUAGUGGAUCCGAUUCAGAAUGUGAGAAAGGUAACGAUAAAAAAGAAAAACACAAGUCCAAAAAGCAAGAUGAAUUGGACGACGUUAUGGAUGAGUUGGAGGCGCUUGCACCAAGUAAACGUAAGCAAAAUAAAAAACAAGAAGAUGCCGACGAUACAAUGGCUGAGCUAGAGGCGCUUGCACCAAGUCAUCGUAAACAUGAUGAUAAAUACAAAAAGGACGAUGUCGACGAUAUGAUGGCUGAAUUAGAAGCAUUAGCUCCUAGUAAACGUUUAAAAAGUGAUGAACGAAAGCCAAGUAAGCGUGAUAUUUACGAUGCCAUGGACAAAUUGGAAGCACUAGCUCCAAGUGCUACAAAGAAAUACGAAGAUAUUAAAAUAAAAUCAGAAAAGAAGAAAAAGCUUGACCGCCACUCUCGUUCACGAUCACAGGAGCGUAUAAGCCGACAUGAACGCAGUAGUCGUCGAGAAAGAAGCCGUGAUAGGCGAUCACGUUCAAAUUCACCUAGUGACAGACGAAAACAAGAUAGACGUCGACGUUCUCGUAGUAGAUCGCGUGAUCGUGGCCGCAUGCAUGAAAGGGACAGAGAACGUGAACGUGAAGAUUAUCGCAGUGCACGUAAACGUCGUUCACGUUCCCGUUCACAUGGUCAUAGCACCAGUAGUAGUAGUAGACGUCGUUCACGUUCACAAGAACGUCACCGCCGCUCAAGGUCCCGUGAACGUAAUGAUCGUAGCGGACGCAGAAGUUCUCGCUCACGAGACCGUAAUGAACAUAGCAGACGUAAGCGCUCACGUUCCAACUCUGAAGAUCGUCAUGGACGAAAUGAGAAAAUGCCACCGCCAGCAACACUUCCUGACGAUCCAGAGCCGGGUAAAAUUUAUGCAGGCAAAGUGGCGAAUAUUGUGCCGUUCGGCUGUUUUGUACAACUUUUUGGAUUGCGUAAACGUUGGGAGGGGUUGGUACAUAUUUCACAACUACGUUCCGAGGGACGUGUAACUGAUGUAACCGAAGUGGUGCAACGGAAUGCAAAUGUGAAAGUUAAAGUUAUGUCUAUCGCAGGACAAAAAGUCUCACUUUCUAUGAAAGAGGUUGAUCAAGCGAGUGGCAGGGAUUUAAAUCCAUUAUCACAUGUAGCGCCGGAAGAUGAGAUGAGGGAUCGUAAUCCGGAUCGACCAUAUAGUGGUACUUCGUUGCUAAAUUUACAAGGCGGUAGCAUGGACAAUGAUGAAAGUGAUUCGCGUAAGCGCGUCACACGUAUAUCUAGCCCUGAACGUUGGGAAAUUAAGCAGAUGAUUAGCUCUGGCGUCAUUGAUCGCAGUGAAAUGCCUGAUUUUGACGAAGAAACGGGGCUCAUACAAAAGGAAGAGGACGACGAGGCUGAUAUCGAAAUAGAAAUUGUCGAAGAGGAGCCCCCAUUCCUUUCAGGACAUGGACGCGCGUUACACGAUCUCUCACCUGUGCGCAUUGUUAAAAACCCCGAUGGUUCAUUGGCACAAGCUGCCAUGAUGCAGUCAGCAUUAUCCAAGGAGCGGCGUGAACAGAAAAUGCUGCAGCGCGAACAAGACGCCGUCGCACCGACAAACAUGAGUCGCAACUGGAUUGAUCCUCUUCCCGAUGAGGAUGAGUCGCGCACUAUGGCAAACACUCGAGGCAUUGGCUCCGGCGCUGCCAUCGAAGUGCCCGAAUGGAAGAAACAUGUUAUUGGCGGUAAGAAAUCAUCGUUUGGUAAAAAGACGGACAUGUCAUUGCUGGAACAACGUCAAUCGCUUCCCAUUUACAAACUGCGCGAUGACCUCAUCAAAGCUGUCUCUGACAAUCAAAUACUGAUUGUCAUUGGUGAGACGGGCUCCGGCAAGACAACACAAAUCACCCAAUACCUGGCAGAAAGUGGCUUCACAGCGCGCGGUAAAAUCGGUUGCACACAGCCGCGUCGUGUGGCCGCCAUGUCGGUGGCAAAACGUGUGGCAGAAGAGUUCGGUUGUCGGUUGGGGCAAGAAGUCGGCUACACUAUACGUUUCGAGGAUUGCACUAGUCCCGAAACAGUUAUCAAAUACAUGACAGACGGUAUGUUAUUGCGCGAGUGUCUGAUGGAGGCCGAUUUAAAAACCUAUUCCGUUAUUAUGUUGGAUGAGGCGCACGAACGUACAAUACACACUGAUGUGCUCUUCGGUCUUCUAAAAGGAGCUGUACAAAAGCGUCCUGAACUGAAGUUGAUCGUCACUUCCGCUACGUUGGAUGCCGUGAAAUUCUCACAGUACUUCUUUGAAGCGCCCAUUUUCACUAUACCCGGUCGUACAUUCCCUGUGGAAGUUUUGUACACCAAAGAACCAGAAACAGACUAUUUGGAUGCUUCACUGAUCACCGUGAUGCAAAUACAUUUGCGCGAACCACCAGGCGAUAUAUUGCUCUUCCUUACGGGUCAGGAGGAAAUUGACACUGCUUGUGAGAUACUGUACGAGCGCAUGAAAAGUUUGGGACCCGAUGUGCCCGAAUUGAUUAUAUUGCCAGUGUAUUCAGCGUUGCCCUCCGAAAUGCAGACACGUAUUUUCGAUCCGGCACCAGCGGGUAGCCGCAAGGUCGUCAUCGCCACCAAUAUUGCAGAGACCUCACUGACAAUUGAUGGUAUUUUCUAUGUCGUCGAUCCGGGUUUCGUCAAACAGAAGGUGUACAACUCGAAAACGGGCAUGGACUCGCUGGUGGUCACGCCAAUUUCACAAGCCGCAGCCAAACAACGUGCCGGUCGUGCUGGGCGCACAGGUCCCGGCAAAUGUUAUCGUUUGUAUACGGAGCGUGCAUAUCGUGACGAGAUGUUGCCUACGCCAGUGCCAGAGAUACAGCGCACGAAUUUGGCAAUGACUGUGUUGCAACUGAAGACAAUGGGUAUCAAUGACCUGCUACAUUUCGAUUUCAUGGACGCACCGCCUGUAGAAUCCUUAGUUAUGGCUCUGGAGAACUUGCAUUCAUUAUCUGCGCUGGACGAUGAGGGCUUGCUGACACGUUUGGGACGUCGUAUGGCCGAAUUUCCUUUGGAACCAAAUCUAUCGAAAAUGCUCAUCAUGUCCGUUGCAUUGCAAUGCUCCGACGAAGUACUCACAAUUGUUUCCAUGUUGAGCGUACAGAACGUAUUCUAUCGCCCGAAGGACAAGCAAGCGUUGGCCGAUCAGAAGAAGGCAAAAUUCAAUCAACCCGAAGGCGAUCAUCUCACGCUACUUGCCGUAUACAACAGUUGGAAGAAUAACAAAUUUUCCAAUGCUUGGUGUUACGAAAACUUCGUACAGAUACGCACACUAAAACGUUCGCAAGAUGUGCGCAAACAAUUGCUCGGCAUAAUGGAUCGUCAUAAAUUGGAUGUUGUAUCAGCGGGCAAGAACUCUGUGCGUAUACAGAAAGCCAUCUGUUCGGGUUUCUUCCGUAAUGCAUCUAAAAAAGAUCCCCAAGAGGGUUAUCGUACGCUUGUGGAUUCACAGGUCGUUUACAUACAUCCUUCAAGUGCGCUGUUCAAUCGCCAACCCGAGUGGGUUGUUUACCACGAACUCGUGCAGACGACCAAAGAAUAUAUGCGCGAAGUAACCACCAUCGAUCCGAAAUGGUUGGUGGAAUUCGCGCCAUCAUUUUUCCGCUUCUCUGAUCCAACGAAGUUGAGUAAAUUCAAGAAGAACCAACGACUCGAACCAUUGUACAAUAAAUACGAGGAGCCCAAUGCUUGGCGUAUAUCACGCGUACGACGAAGGCGUAAUUAA